CUUACAAAUGGAGCGCACCCUUCAGUAUAGCGUUAGCAUCUAGCCAGUCUGAACUCAUACAUUUCGUUUCUUUGAAAACAGCUGCAGGUUACGCUGUUAGUACAGUUUUCUGUAUGUAUUAUUGUUUUUGGAAAUGACGUCUUAAUAUGACAAAACUUCUCCUGUCAGUGGUGAAUGUGUUGUCAUGCGCUAAGACAUGAAGUUUUGGACUACAAGCAUGUCUGUUUUUAUAAUCUUUAUGCCUUUCUGCGGUUCCAAAAUUGGGAUUUAAACUCCGCUGUUUGUCAGCUGUCCUUCCAGUUACAGCCAUGUCUGACAGGCACCACUGUUCAUGUUGCUCCCACCCCGUCUCCUCCCCCAGUGUUCAUCAGACUCUGCAUGAAAUGGAUUUUGAAAGAGGUAUCUGGUCAGCUGCCCUGGAUGGAGACCUGCAGAGAGUCAGGCUCCUUGUCCAGAAGGGGACUGACCCGAACAUGAAAGAUUCAGCUGGGUACACAGCUCUGCACUACGGGAGCCGUAGCGGACAUCUUGCCGUGUGCACGUUUCUCCUCGAGAGCGGCGCGUGUCCGUCCCCUCAGACUCCGGGCGGGGCCACUCCGCUCCAUCGAGCAGCGUACUGCGGUCAUCCGGACGUGGUUCGGCUCCUUCUGCAAAGCGGUGCAGAUCCCACCCUCUGUGAUGACGAUGGUGCGAAUCCUUUGCACAAGGCUGCAGAACAGGGCCACGCCAAAGUGUGCCAGCUGCUUCUCGAGCGUUGCCCGGCACUCUGCAGCCAGGGGAACAAGAAGCUCCAGCUGCCCUACCAGCUGACACAGCAGGGAGAUCUGCAGGAGAUCCUCAAACCACCCCGGUCAUAAUGGACGGAGAUGCUAACAUCUCACACGCACACAAGAUGAAAACCAUACAUGAUGAAGACUGAGUGUGGGAAUCGGUGAACGUGGAAUAACAUUUUUAACCUCCGACAUUGCUCCAGUCUUUGAUCUUUAUUUCACCGCCUUUGUAUCGUCUGUACUUCUCAAACUUCAACAAAACGUGCAAACGUUUCAAAACCUCAUUUUGAAUUCAGCCAAUGAGUUGAUUUUCUGGAUAAACUUGGUUCAGCUUCUGUGAAGUUUUCUCGAACUAGAGGGUCAAAAACCCUCUGAAAGUUAGAGUUUUAGAAUGUUAAAAGUGGAUCGAAUCUAAUUUAUUUACGUAGCACAUUCAAGAGCAACCGCCCAAAGUGCUGCACACAAAAACAACAACAAUGACGGUAAUUCCAACAUGGAAGAUAAGAAAAAUAGAAACAUUAAAGGCCCAACAUGUGAAACUCUAUCAGCACUGAUAAAUCCAGUAUAGACUGCUCCACAUUGGUGUGGCUGUGCAGGAUGUGAGUGAAUGGUUCUAAUCUCAGACAGUAGGGGGAGCUAUUGUCUAAUGGAAGAUCACAGUGUUUGGCCUUGGCGUGUAAAUUUCAUGGCAUCUAACAAGAGCGAGCUUACUCAGUUUUUCCUUCACACCACUGGAAAACUUAAUAGCAAAACUUACAUGAGCGCAAACAGCUAUUACAGUAAGAUGGACACCAGCGCUCAGGCAUACUGCAUCUACAAAAUACAAUCUAGCUCUCAAUCAAAAGGAUUGAUUGGUGCCUAAGCCAUCAAACUAUUUCAUUUUAGUAGAGUUUUCAGAGUUAUAAACAACAUGAACAAUGUAUUUUUCCUUUUUCUGAAUAAAACUCAGUUUAAAAAACAAAAUCCUGCUCAGCUAAAACAGAUGGAAAUACUUUUAGCUGUUGUCUGGCAUGUCUAACAUGUCAAACCAUGUUAAAUAUGUAACACAUGCACGUACAGGAGGCAGAUGAACCCCCCUCCACCGCUCUGCCCUCUCUCCUCCUUCUGCGAAUGUGCAAAACUUUUAAAGCUCUCCUCCCGUUUCCCUGCAGCCCACGCGGAUCGGGAACCCACGGCAGAAAAACUUCUCGCUGCAGCCUGGCGCACUUUCAUUGGGUCCGCCGGUGGGUGGUGUUUCCAAACUACCCUUCCAACCACAUCCAUGCCGUGACUGGGGGGGUGCCAGGCCACAUCUGGAGCUCAUUGCUGCUGACGCCACACAGCACACGGAGCUGGGGUGUCAGGGGGGUAGGUUGGGGUUGGGGUGGGUGGGGGGCUGUAUUUCAGCUCGGUGGAUCUUUGCCAGGAGAGCUGUUUAUGCUCGGUGACAAGUUCCUCCCCCCCCCCUCCAACACAGCGGAGGAGCUGGAGCCGGUCGUAUCCCCACUGAAUGUCAAGUGACAGUGAAGGCAAGCGGGUUUCUGGGGCCUUUAUUCAUCUCAGUGGCACAAAAAACAAGAAAAAGUACUUUCAGAAUUGAGAGGCUGCUUUACAUGACACCCUGACUAAUAGACCAGCCCCACAGCAUCCUCUAAAAGUGUCCCACUGCCACAUUCUGUGAAACACGAUCAAAGUUGAUGUUUUAGAUUUGUGAGCAGUGAGGUAAUGAAAACCCACCGAAGGAAUGUCGAAGGCCUCAGUCGUUACCGAUCAUUUUUCCUGACCUGGUUUGAAUUUGUUUCAUGUCGAAACAGAUGAUUUUUUUUUUUUUCGCCCCUCCUUUUGAAAUAGGUCUACCUAUAUGGGCUGGGAGUUUUCACUUAAAGUGAAGACUUGGACAGGAUUCCAGAAGUUUCAGGAAUUAGGAUCACUGCUCUAUUUAGAAAGCUUUAUUUGGAAAGCAAUGAAACUUCCUGGGCCUGGAACCCACUUCCACCAUAAUGAGUCCAACUUAAACCGGUACUGGAUGUUAUUUUCCCCUGAAAUAGAAGGUGGUCUGUGUGCCAUGCUUGCAUGACGGGAUUUUUAGUCUCAUUUUAUACAGUACGCUUGUCUGCGAGUAGAUAAUGAGAACGGCUUGUCCUCGGACCUCUGGAGGCUGACAAAUAUCUCUAUGCAGAAGAGGUGGCGUUGGAAUGGAACACACAAAGAAAUAUAUAUGAAUCAACACAUAAAUAUAUAAUACUGUUUUCUAUUUUAUAUAUAUAUAUAUAUUUUAUGGGAAUCUGUCUAUCUUCUCAAGAUAUAAACGUAGAUUGUUCUCUAUCACUUUUAGCACAAUUGAAUUAA